AUGAAAGCGCUGCUGGUCCUGACGUUCGUGCUGUCUGCUGUACUGCACAUUUUACUCUUGCCCGUCGAGUGGAUCACGUCAAAAUAUUUGAAAACGCUUUUUUUUGCGGGAUUGGCUACACGUGACCCGGAACUUGCCAAGACGAUUCAAAAGAGAAAAGCAAUCUACUGGGACUGGGAGUAUGCCCGCCAUCUGAUGCGCUUUGGACUCCGCCAGCUUGGCUUUGGGCUUGUGGUUUUGAUGGCGAAACCGCUUUUAGGUGUCUUGAUCCCCGUCGUACAGUUUGGCUAUCGCAUUCGACACAUGGAAAUGGCGUUCCUAGUCCCCAUUUUCGUCGCCUUUGUUGUUCCGACAACGCGAGAAACAGCAUUGCAGCUUGUGCACAUGUGGCUAGAUUCGCGAGCCAUUAUCCGCGAGCUCCUUGACCCAAUUAUAGCCCGUCUCAAAUCGGCAGCGAAACACAAAGAUCCCAAUGUUAACACCGAUCUACUUACCGAUAUGGAAAUUGGCAGUGACGAGUAUCAUAGCCAGAAGAAGCAGUGGGAUUGGCAUCAGAGCGGGAGCGAUGCUGCACGACUUGGCUUUGGACUUGUCUUUUGCUAUAUGUUGCAAGUGCCUUUUCUCGGACCAUUUGCGUGGUUCAUGGGUUUUGCUUCUGCUGGAUUAUUUGCUCCAGAGCUUGUGGAGCUUCAUGCUUUCAACGAUGCGAUAAAAAGACAGUAG